AUGCGCAUAGCGACGUACAACCUGCGUUACGACUCUCAGCCUGACAAGAUUUCCGUCCGCGAGUCAAUCGAAGCAUUGCCGAGUCCUCUGGAACGACCGCGCUUCCACGGGUGGUCGGGAGAGGUGCCCUGGAGUACGAGAAGGUUGAAGGUCGCACAGCAGCUGUUGCUUGAGAGUCCAAACGUGAUUGGCUUCCAGGAAGCCUUGGUCAGGCAGGUCCACGACCUCGCAGAGCUGCUCGGAGACGAUUGGGCAUGGGUCGGUGUAGGCCGCGACGACGGCAAACGCGCGGGCGAGUUCUGUCCCAUCUUCUACAAGAAGUCUGACCUUACGCUAGACCACCACGAGUCAUUCUGGCUUUCGGACAAGCCGUUCGAGCCAUCUAAGUACCCCGACGCAGGCUCCUUCCGCGUGUGCGAAGUGACCCGCUUCAAGACGACUACCAAGACAUUCACCGUCCUCAACUCACACCUGGACGACCGCUCCGACGCCCAACGCCGCCUCGCCGCGUCUAUGCUCCUCGCGCGCGCGCGUUACGAAGCCUACGCCACCUCCAGCCCCGUGUUCAUCACGGGCGACUUUAACAGCGCGUCGCACGGGUCCGACUCCGGCGCGUACCAGAUUAUCACAGGCGUGGUUCCUCCGGUGCCCAUCAACGAGACGUUCGCGGAGAAGUACAAGGUGCCUGUGCACGGGGAUGAGAAGGACGCGAAGUUCGUCAUGGUGGACCUCAAGGGGGAGACGCCGCGGAUGCAGGUGGCGGGCGACUUCGCGACGUUCACGGGCUUCAACCGCCCCGGGGACACGAGCGUGUACACGCGGAUAGACUUCGUGUUCGGCGGAAGCAGCAGUGGGUGGACUGCGGACGCGUACAAAGUAGGGACUUCGCUCACGGACGAUGGCAUACUCGCGAGCGACCACCGGCCGGUCUACGCAGAUGUGACGAUUUGA